CAGUGAACAGAAGUACCAGAUCUUGACAUAAAGACUUUUCACAGAGAUGACAAUGGAAGGGCCAGCUCACAAUCAAGGGUUGCAUUGCAUCAUGAUACAGAGAGUUACUCUGACUUUGCUUCUCUGUUGUAGUUGUGGUUGGCUCAUCUCAACCUGUGAAGGCCAAGAGUUGGUACCACCAACUACUACUGCAAACUGCUCCUGUACACUUGGUCAUGGGAAGUGUGCUGAGGAUGGCAACUGCAGAUGUGAUCCAGGCUGGGGAGGUCCCUUUUGUGAGGACUGUGUGCGGAUGCCCGGCUGUGUCCAUGGUUCCUGUCACCAGCCAUGGCAGUGCACAUGUUUAGAAGGCUGGACAGGCCGUUUCUGUGAUAAAGAUAUUAAUGUGUGUCAAAAUGAGAAGCCAUGUCAAAAUGGAGCCACUUGCUUUCUAAAUGAUGCAGGAGAGUACAACUGUUUAUGUCCCGAAGGGUUCCAUGGAAAGAAUUGUGAGCUAAAGACUGGUCCAUGCCAUAAAAUCAAGUCCCCCUGUAAGAAUGGUGGCUUAUGUGAGGAUCUAGGUGGCUUUGCACCUGAACUGUCUUGUCGAUGCCUAGUUGGCUUUACAGGACCUCGCUGUGAGACCAACAUGGAUGAUUGCCUAAUGCGCCCCUGUGCGAACGGUGCCACUUGUGUGGAUGGGGUGAACCGCUUUUCGUGCCUUUGCCCUGCUGGCUUUACAGGCCGUUUCUGCACUGUCAACCUGGAUGACUGCGCCAGUCAACCCUGCCUCAAUGGAGGCCGCUGUAUAGACCGUGUCAGCAACUUUCACUGCCUUUGUCCUGCUGGAUACGCUGGUCGAACUUGUGAGCUUCCACUGGGGGAAGGGGGGCUCCAAACCCAAGCACCACACAGGGACUCCUUGGGCUGGGGAGGAGGCGGGCUCCCAGAAAUCUCUAAACAACCCCACAUUACUCCAAAUAAACCACACACCUACACCUCAGGAAACUACUCCCAUGGGUUUACAACUAGUGGGGAUAAAGGGCAUUUGCUGAAGAUUUCUGUAAAGGAAGUAGUGACUCAGAAUGCAACAGCAGGGCUCUCAGAGGAACAUUUUAUAAUCCUGCUGGUAUUAGGAGGCCUGACUCUGGCUGUAGUGGCACUUACAGCUGGCCUGGUGCUACGAGGACACUGGCAAAAUAUCUGUGACUGCAGUCAGUGUGAAGCACCAACUUCCAGACAACAUUCAUUCCAGCGAAGUCGCAUGCACCAGCGCCACUUAGCUGCCAACCAGCAGGACUGCAAGAUCAGCUUCCUAGACUCAUCUGCUCUACCUGAUCUGGACAAGAAAAGACUAAACACAGAGGUCAUAUGAAGAUGCAGGUGAAACCCACUGAUUGACUGCUCAUAAUGAAACUGGGUCAUGUUUUAUGAAAAAGCGUCUUUUUUGCCUAUGACCUUAGUGACCAAGUCACAAUAGCUGUCGUUCAAGAUGAGAAGGAGUCGAUUAAAGUGCAGUAAACUGAAACAAUAAGGAACAGUCCUUAAGGGAGCAUCAGCGAAAAGCACUCCAGAGAAGAAAAAAGAGCACUUGACUAACCAUCAUGGACUAAAUGAUGCCAAGAUGGAGCACAGAGCACUGGAAAUUAAUUAGGACAAAAAUGUAUAGAAAGCACAAUAGGAAUGUUUUAUUAGGACAGUCUUCAGAAGGACUGCAGUGAAGAAAAGUACUGUAUCAUUCCUAUCUUAUACAAAAAGACCUUUUUACAUCCUACAUAAACAAAAAGAUUUUGCUCUUACACCUACGGGUGUUUUCGCACUUGGUCCAUUUCAGUGCCCCAAGUAUCAUUAGAACAACUACGUUUUUUUGUGUAUGUGUGAACAUAACAAAUUAACUCCUCUAAAGUGACC